CUAAAAAGGAAACCGACGCUGCAAACUGAACGCUCGUUGGGGAUUUACGGAGAAAGCCAAGCGUCUGGUUGAACGUGGCUAAACUUAUAUCUAGAAAGAUAUAGAGAGAUUUGGUUGAACGUGACUAUACUUAUCUACUACUAGAUAGAUCUAACUAUUUCGGGUUCAUGAUUGAAUGGGAAUUAUCAUCAUCAAGUGUACAUAAAAUUAUGACUCAACUGAAAGUAAGCCGCACCAUCAACGGGCCCACAUGUAUCGUUCAUUUUCCAGAAGGUGUAUCAGACCUGUUUGAUGAACCCUCACCACAUUCAAGUAGUAAACAGAUUCCAGUUGUACGGUUUCUUCGACUGGUUGACCUAAUAUUGGAUAUCUGCUAUGCAUCUUUGCCAGGAGAUCCCAAUAUCUAUCUCGAAAAUAAAACGGUCUUUGCUGACAAACAUAUAUACGUUGCCUCGAGUAAACUAGAAAUUCACAAAAGUUUUUAUACGUCAUCUUGUUUGCAUCUACCAUUUGACUGCUACUCUACAUUACAUUACGUUGGGAAUAGUUCGCAUUCCAAAAUGCUUGAAAUGAAAAAUAGAAACAAUUCGCAAUGGUUUGCAAGACUGUUUCAGCAAGAUAUCAGAAUUGACCCGGUCACCAGAAAACCCUCCGAAUUUCCUGCUCCAUGGCGAGAAAAGUAUGGCCCAAUGUGUACAGGUUCCCCCUUUGUAAUAGAAAAACUAAGCAGACCCGAUGUAUGUGGGGCUAAAGACCACUACAAGAUUCAGACAUCGGAUAUUGACAGCCAAAACCACACUAACUGGCUGGUUUAUGUUCAGAUUUGUAUGAAUGUCUGCAGAAAAGGUUUGGACAAAGAACUAUUUAGCAGACUUUUAAUUGAGAACAGUAAAAAUGGGUUGAAGGAGUUCCAGAUAAGGUACGAAAACGAGGCUUUGGUGGAUGAAGAGGUCGUAGUUCACGCUUGGGAGACUUCGGGUAGAGAUGAUCAACUAUGUUUUGAGCUGACUAGGGGAUCUGAUCUGUGUAUUCAAGCAACCAUUGCAUUUCAUCAGCGUUGUGUUAAAAGCACACAUAUUGAGUCAAUUAAAUCAAAGAUUUGACACAGUUUCGAGUUUUUAAUCAAAUGCACGUAUGACACUUAUUUGAAUCUACCCCGCCAACUGAAUGAUCUAUACUAUACGCUACAUACCGUUAUUAUAUAUAACUGGUAUAACACAAAACCUUUUUCUUUGGUACUUGUUUCUUUAUAAAACUUUAUUUAUAUAUGUUAAAAAAAUCAAGCAUAUUUUAUUUCAGAAUAAAAUAUUUA